AUGUGGGAGCCUGCGGACUUCGAGCGCCACUGGAGGGCCGAGUUCCCCGAGGAGCCGGUGCCCGCCAUGCAGCUGGACUCGGUGCCGGCCAUGCAGCAGGAGCUGGAGCGCUGCAAGCUCAACCUGAAGCGGCUGCAACAGGUGCUGGCCGAGGAGAAGUUCAAAGUCAUCUACCUGCAGGCGGCCCUGGCCCGGGAGAAGCGGGGCUACGACUGCGGCCGCUGGGGGGGCUGCGGCGGCGGCGGGGACGACGGCGGCGGCGGCUCCGGCCCCGGCCCCGCCGAGGAGGAAGAGAAGGAGGCGCCGGAGCCCCAGCCCCGGCCGGGGCCCUCCGCGGGGGACAGCGGCCCAGGCGGUCCCAACGCAGCCGCCCCGGCCAAGUCUCCCCACUAUGUCAACCUGGAGUUUCCUGCGUGGCUGGGGGCGCCCGGGGAAGCGGGCGCCGUGCGGAGCUUGACCGCCGCCAUCCACCAGCAUCUGCUCCUGAGGCCCCGGGAGGAGCCCGAGCCCGAGUCUAAGCCGGAGCGCGCCCCCGGGGAUGCCCGGCGGCAGGAGGAGCCCGCGCAGCUGUCCCCGGAUUCGGCCGCCGCGGCUCCCAGCGCCAGCCCGGAGGAGGGCGAGGAGCUGUCCCCCGCGGAGCCCGAGGCCCUGGGCACCGCGGACGAGGGCGGGGACAGCAGCGACCACGACUUCGAGGUGGUGGAUCUGAACGAGAAAUUCGUCCUGGGGCACCUGCUCCUGGCACCCUGCCGCUUCCUUCCCCGCGAGGACGCGCUUGAGAAGCCCCCCCGGGCGAGCAGCCCCCACCGUUGGUUGCACCUGAUAGGGGGCAAACGGCACCGGCGCAGCCGGGACCUGGACCAGCUGGAGGCGGAGGGCAAGGACGGGCGGUGCUCGCCUCUGGCUCCGGAGGAACCCCACUCCCGCGGGGCUCGAGAGCAUCUCCCGCCCUGGAGGCGCAAGAGAUUCUUAGGGGUGCCAGGCCGAGACUCGCCGGGCCAUAGCUCCCCGGAGAGGGGCAGCGACUGCAGCUACAACAGCUCGGACCACGAGGAUGUCUCCUCCGCAGACUUCAGCUACGGGGCCGACGACUACGACGGGGAGGGGAAUGAGGAGCAGAAGGUGCCACCCGAGGGCUCAGAGACCAUGCCAUACAUCGAUGAGUCGCCCACCAUGUCCCCUCAGCUCAGCGCCCGAAGCCAGGGUGGUGGGGAUGGCAUCUUGCCCACCCCCCCAGAAGGUUUGGGACCUGUGGUGGAGGCGGGGAAAGGGCUGGAAAUGAGGAAGCUGGUUCUCUCAGGAUUCCUAGCCAGUGAAGAGAUCUACAUAAACCAGCUGGAGGCAUUGUUGCUGCCCAUGAAACCCCUCAAGGCCACAGCCACCACCUCCCAACCUGUGCUCACCAUCCAGCAGAUCGAGACCAUCUUCUACAAGAUCCAGGACAUCUACGAGAUCCACAAGGAAUUCUACGACAACCUCUGCCCCAAGGUGCAGCAGUGGGACAGCCAGGUCACCUUGGGCCACCUCUUCCAGAAGCUGGCCAGCCAGCUUGGCGUGUACAAAGCCUUUGUGGAUAACUAUAAAAUCGCUUUGGAGACGGCCGAGAAGUGCAGCCAGUCCAACAACCAGUUCCAGAAGAUCUCCGAGGAACUCAAAGUCAGAGCCCCCAAGGACUCCAAGGACAGCCACACGUCCAUCACCAUGGAAGCACUUCUUUACAAGCCCAUCGACCGUGUCACGCGGAGCACCCUCGUCCUCCAUGACCUCCUCAAGCACACCCCAGUGGACCAUCCUGACUACCCAUUACUGCAGGAUGCCCUGCGCAUCUCCCAAAACUUCCUGUCCAGCAUCAAUGAGGACAUUGACCCCCGCCGGACUGCAGUCACUACCCCCAAGGGAGAGACCCGGCAGCUGGUGAAGGAUGGGUUCCUCGUGGAGAUGGCUGAGAGUUCGAGGAAGCUUCGACACGUCUUUCUCUUCACAGACGUCCUGUUGUGUGCCAAGCUGAAGAAGACAUCCGUGGGGAAACACCAGCAGUAUGACUGCAAGUGGUACAUCCCGCUAGCAGACCUGGUUUUCCCAUCCCCAGAGGAGUCAGAACCCAGCCCCCAAGUGCACCCCUUCCCGGACCAUGAACUGGAGGACAUGAAGAUGAAGAUCUCUGCUCUCAAGAGUGAAAUCCAGAAGGAGAGAGCCAGCAAAGGUCAGAGUCGAGCCAUUGAGAGGUUAAAGAAGAAAAUGUUUGAGAAUGAGUUCUUACUGCUGCUGAAUUCUCCAACAAUCCCCUUCCGGAUCCACAACCGCAAUGGAAAGAGUUACCUGUUCCUCCUGUCUUCAGACUAUGAGAGGUCGGAGUGGAGAGAAGCCAUUCAGAAACUGCAGAAGAAAGAUCUCCAGGCCUUUGUGUUGAGUUCGGUGGAACUCCAAGUGCUCACAGGGUCCUGUUUCAAAUUGCGAACUGUUCAUAAUAUUCCUGUCACCAGCAAUAAAGAUGAUGAUGAGGCCCCCGGACUCUACGGCUUCCUGCACGUCAUCGUCCACUCAGCCAAGGGGUUUAAGCAGUCGGCCAACUUGUACUGUACGUUAGAGGUGGACUCAUUCGGCUAUUUUGUCAGCAAAGCAAAAACCAGGGUAUUUCGGGACACAACGGAGCCUCAGUGGAAUGAGGAGUUUGAGAUCGAGUUGGAGGGCUCUCAGUCUCUGCGGAUCCUCUGCUAUGAGAAAUGCUACGAUAAGACUAAAGUCAACAAGGACAACAAUGAGAUCGUGGACAAGAUCAUGGGCAAAGGACAGAUCCAGCUGGACCCACAGACUGUGCAGACGAAGAACUGGCACAUGGAUGUGAUCGAGAUGAACGGGAUCAAGGUGGAGUUCUCCAUGAAAUUCACCAGCCGGGACAUGAGCCUGAAGAGGACCCCAUCUAAAAAGCAGACAGGAGUGUUUGGGGUGAAGAUCAGCGUCGUGACAAAGCGAGAGCGCUCCAAGGUACCCUACAUCGUCCGGCAAUGUGUGGAGGAGGUAGAGAAAAGAGGCAUUGAGGAAAUCGGAAUCUACCGGAUUUCGGGGGUGGCCACUGACAUCCAGGCACUGAAGGCUGUCUUUGAUGCCAACAAUAAGGACGUGCUGGUGAUGUUGAGUGACAUGGACAUCAAUGCCAUUGCGGGGACCUUGAAGCUCUACUUCCGGGAGCUCCCAGAGCCCCUCCUCACAGACAGACUCUAUCCAGCCUUCAUGGAGGGCAUCGCCCUCUCAGAUCCUGCUGCCAAGGAAAACUGUAUGAUGCACCUUCUCCGGACCCUUCCCGACCCCAACCUCAUCACUUUCCUCUUCUUGCUAGAACACUUGAAAAGGGUUGCUGAAAAGGAACCCAUCAACAAAAUGUCCCUUCACAAUCUGGCCACUGUGUUUGGCCCAACAUUACUGAGACCAUCUGAGGUGGAAAGCAAAGGACACCUGACCUCGGCCUCGGACAUCUGGUCCCACGACGUCAUGGCACAGGUCCAGGUCCUCCUUUAUUACCUGCAGCAUCCUCCCAUCUCCUUUGCGGAACUAAAACGGAACACACUGUACUUCUCCACGGACGUUUAGCGUAGGCAUGGGUGGCAUGGGGUCCACCACGGGGGCACCAGUCCCUCCCGACUUGGCCCUGGGGCUCAGCAUAGACUUGAAAAUCCAAUCAACCGACCACCCCACAAAACCAGAUGGAGCAAACCAGACCACAAGGGAAGCAGAUUUCUGACAACCGGAAUGUGCGCGUCUCCUGUGCAGCCUUGUACAAAGCUGGCCUCGUCCUCCCUCUCUACCCCCAUCGCCCCGCUGUGCUCCAUCCCUGCCCCUCUGUACUUCCGCUCACGUCUGAUGCCCCGUGGUGUUCAGGAACUGUCCUAUGUAUAUUUGUCACGAAGAAAAGGUAGUGGCCCACUCAGGCUGGGGACCCAGACAGCCUGCUCUGUGGUUUUCUUUCCUCCGGCAUUUUCAUUUCUCCUGAGUCUAAAUGCAGAGGUUUUUUGUUUGCUCUGUGUGACUUCUGCCAAGCUGCCCUCUCCUGGCACUGCUCCCAGAAGCCCCUUCUCUUCGCUCCCUCUACCAACUCCCACCCCACACCCCUCUGCAUGUGAAGCCUCAGCCUGGGUCUGCUCAUCUGGGAUAGCUCUCCGCGGUGCUGUGUCCUGUUUUGCCUUGACACCGGUGAGGACAGUGAGGACCACAAGAUGGGGCUGCGUUAACUCCCCACUCUCUGAGCAAGUGCCCAGAGACAACUGUGGGAGCUGCUGUUCCUGAGAGUGUGUCUAUAAGGGUCCUUCCUUGUUUCCUUUCCCCACUUUAUAACCCCAUCUCUAGGAGGGAUUAUCACCUGAUUUUUCUUCCCUUGCUUUUCAAUUCCUUCCUCCUUGGUAUUCUAUUUCCUUUGUGUGCAGAGUCAUGGCAGGCGACCUGCUGUCCAGCCAGAAGGUCUGGGGGACCUCUUAACUCACAAAGGUGUGUGUGACCUUGGGCAUGUCAUUCCCCUCUGAUCCUCAGUUUCCUCAUCUGCCAAAUACAGGUCUUGGACUAGAAGAGCUUGAGGCUCCUUCCUCUCCUCUAGAUCUCUGAUCCUGGGGAAACUUCAGAAGAGUUUGGGCCACUUCUCCCCAUUUUGUGUUCACGGGUUGGAAAGUGAGAGGUACCGAGUAUACCCCUGGGGUCCCUAAGGGGAGGGGUGGGAGAUGGGGCAGGGAAGGACUCACUCUGUGAGUGAGGGGCUAACAACUAUUGUCCUGCUGGGCCUUGUCUCCCUUGGGGCCACAAAUAGGACUGACCCAGGUGCCCAGAAAAGAAGGCAGCCUUCAGCAGGCAGUAGAACUCAGCCCUUGGCACCUGUCAUACCUCCUCAGUAACUCUGCCUUAGACCUGUGUGCUUUGCAGCCAGGCACUGCCACAGGGUAGCCCGUCAUGCCCUCGGGGAGAUCCAGUAGGAUCUCUGAAGUCCCCUUCUGCCCCUGCCCCAGCCAGCAGGGGGUAGGUCAGCUACAGCACUGACCCCCUCUCCUGCCUUGCCAGAGCACCUGGGGGAGGAACAGCUCGAGGCCUGGGCACGACGAGGCCUGGGCACAAUAGUUACACUCGGCCUCCGUGGUGCUGUCCAUUUGGAUCUCGCUUCUCCUGCCUGCCUGGCUUCUGGCGGUAACCUUCCCACCCAGGUGCGGGAAGGGGGCUGGAGGAAGUGAGCCAUCUGGCCUCUUUGAGGACUGCUCUUCCGAUGGGCUGACGCACUCCCAGUGCUGGCACUUCCCAGCCAAACACUGGCAACUCCAAGUUGGAUUCUGAUUUGCCUGGGAGACUGGCUACCUCGUGCUGGGAAGAGGAGGGAAGUCCCCACAUCUGUAGCCCUGGGUCUAGGCCUGGAUAGCCCGCUGAGUUUUCUGUCCACACGGUGACAUGAUAAAGAGUCCACUUGUACAAAGGUAGGGCUCCCUGCAUUUGAAAGAAGAGUGCCAUCAGUCUAUUCCUGGCCUCCUGGAAGCUGAGACCAGCUUGCCUGGCUGGUGCUCAUGGCCGAAUUUUGAUCAAGGGCACAUGGAAGAUGCCAGCCCCUUCAGUGAGAAGCAGUCCCCUCUCUGGUCCUCUUUUUCUCCCUUGCCCAGGAGCUGGAUAUGGCCAUGCUCUAGCAAUGUCAGGAAAAGGAAAAGGGUGAUGGGAGAGGGGACCCACUGGCAGCAGAGGUACAAGGAUACAGAUGAAAAGAGGAGAAUCCCCAAGUCCAGAGGCCCCAGCUGCCCAGUAGCCUUGGCACGCCAAAGUUAGCCUUCUGUACCAUGGACCCUUUCUUUGGCUUCCAAAUCAAGUCCCAGGGCUGGAGAGAAAGCCUGACUGGAGCUGGCAGCAGCUGAAGAGGAGUCCUCUUCCCCAAGGCCCCCACCAAGAAGCCAGUGGGAAAAGAGGAGUGACUUCUGGCUUCUUGGGGCAUCAGCUGCUGCCACCUGGAGACGAGGAAGCAGGAGAAAAGUAGAGGCUAAGGAGAAGGUAAAAGAAUAAAAAUAUUUAUAUAUCUAAAAGUCCCCAGUGGGAAGAAAGGAUAGGUACUAAGCCAGGACAAAGCUGUACAAGAGAGAGAUCCUUUGGUUUCUCAAGUUUUGGCCUAUGCAGCCCAGGCCCCAGCCAUGGUAGCCUGCUGUGUGGCACAGAUGGAGUUAACAACAGGGCCCCCGAAAAUAGGCUGCAGGUAUCCUCCCCCACUCCACAUCGCCUUGCCCUCUUCCGUGCAGGGGCCUGGGAGAUCUGGAGAGUUUUGCGGAUACAGGUAGGAUAGGACUGUUCAUUAAUAAUUUGACUUUAAUAAGUUGGUAAGGAUAUAUUUUUUUUGUCUGUGUUGUUUCAAUUAUGUAGAUUAUUAUAAAUGGAUGUAAACCAUGUGAGAGGAAAAUGUUAAUAAAAAUGCAAAGCCCCAACAUUUGCACAAAACAA